CUAUAGAGUUUAGUGUCACUCUCUGUGAUCAGUUUCCAUGGCUAUGGCACAUCUAAUAUCUUCUCCUAACGUCUCUUCACUCUCAGCUGGUGCAAAUCUUUGGGGCAGGAAACUCUCCUUCAACACUAUUUACUGUGAAAGUUCUGGUGGAUCAAAAACUUCUCAGCACAAAAUAAAAACUCAAAUACAAUAUGAUCCUUUGGGGUUUAAACUAUCAGCUUUUAAUCAGCAUUACAAAAGCAUUCAAAAUUAUGCUGUGAAAGCUGUGACUGUACCAUCUUCUGAGUCAGAAUCUGAAGCUUCCAAUUCCAAUAACAUUGUCGACUCUGUCAAAAAUUUCAUGGCCGUUUUGUACCAAUUUAUUUACCCUUACGCAUUCUAUGGUCAGGCAACAGCUACAAUUUCUGCGUCUCUAGUUGCAGUAGAAAAACUAUCAGAUAUAUCUCCAUUGUUUUUUAUUGGUUUGCUGCAGGCUGUGUUACCUCACUGUUUUGUGGCUCUUUACGUUAAUGGAGUGAAUCAAUUGUUUGACUUUGAGAUAGAUAAGAUAAACAAACCGUAUCUUCCAUUGGCUGCUGGCAAAUUAUCCUUCAGAACUUCUGCCUUUAUUGUUGCCUUAUCUGCAAUUUUGGGUUUAGGGUUUAACUUGAUGAUAGGUUCUCCGCCAUUGAUUUGGAACUUUGUGUUGUGCGUUACAUUAUGGACUUGCUAUUCAGUCAAUUUGCCUUUCUUACGAUGGAAGCAAAAUCCGGUGCUGGCAUCAUUACUCAUGUUUGUUACUUUUGCAUAUAUAUUUCCAAUUACAUACUUCCUUCAUAUGCAGACGUUUGUGUUCAAGAGACCAGUUGUGUUUACAAGAUCAUUGAUUGUUUCUCUCUUGUUCAUGAGUAUCUACAUUACUGGUUUAACAUUAGCCAAGGAUAUACCUGACGUAGAAGGAGAUAUAAAACAUGGCAUUGAUUCAUUCGCAGCACGUUUAGGCCAGAAAAAAGUAUUUUGGAUUUGUGUUUUCCUUUUUGAAAUGGCAUUUGGAGUUGCCUUCUUGGCAGGAGCAUCAUCUUCAUCUCAUUUUGGGAUUAAAAUUGUCACGUGUCUUGGAAAUAUUGUUCUUGGUUCAAUUCUGUGGUACCAGACCAAAUACGUAGAUGUGACAAAUCCAGCUUCCACUAGAUCCUUCUAUUCCUUUAUCUGGAAGUUGAUGAUGGGAUCAUACGUUCUCCUGCCUUUAAUUAGAUAAAGUGUAACUCAAGAUUAAACAACGUUUGCAACACAUGCAACAGAACAUAUAUAGAAAACCUUCGCAUCUAAGUUUAUUGAAGCAAUAAAAAUUACACAUGUAUGUGUUCUCUAGAUCUGAUGAGUUUUGUAUCAGUAAGUUUUUCUUUUUUUUUUCAAUUGUGUGAUGAUUUUCAGUAUAUAUCGACCAUUAUCUCUA